AACUCCGGAUCUGGGCGGAGGGGCCCUGGGGCGUGUUUCCACACCCCUUGCGGACUUCGGAACUGACUCGGACAAACUGGCGCCGGAACAGGAGUGGUCUCUCCUGGACGACAGCUUGGUGGGUUCGAAUCCUGCAAAAAUGAGGGCCCUACCGACCGUCGACGCACUUGCGAGAAUGAGACCACCUCUCCGGGACCCCAGGACGGCGGAGGACACUCACACCGUGAGGCCAGCGAGCAAGAGCGCGGGAGGGAGACGGGUGGCCGACCGUGCCAAGUAUGUUCGUAGCAUGCUGGGAUCCAGCCAGGGUCCUGUUUCAGAGUGUAGGGUACCUGAGGCCCCAGGGGUGCAACACCGCAACCCAAUCCCUUCGGCUCUUGCCCCAGCUCCUGUAGCCCGCAGAGCUAUCUCUCGAAAACCACUGAGACCUGAUUCGUUGAUCAUCUAUCGACAAAAAUGCGAAUUCGUCCGAGGGCCAGGAGCAGAUUGUUCCAGAGGGGGGCUGGUGAAGAAGUUUUUCCAGGGGUCUGCCAAGGACAAAAUGCCAGUGGCCCCUGAAACGACCGGGAUGUCAGGUGAGGACAAGACGAAGGAAACAGAGACCACUUGGACCAAGUUCAGCCAGGCAGCAGCCACUAGCCCAGCCUCUGUGUUACCACCUCCAGCCCCUGUAGUGACCAUGGAGUCCCCAGAUUUGCCUUUGGAAGUGGCUUCCAAGGUUCCAGUCUCACCCUCCGGUACUGAGCUACAGGUGUCGCAUCGCAGAGGAUUGCAUCGCUCUCAGUCAGAUCUCAGCUCCCGCUACUCGGUAGCCAAGGCUGAGUCCGACACCUUCUUCCUUUAUUGCGGCCUGGAGCCUGAAGUGGUGGAGGCUCUUGGAAGGGAGAAUUUCUCUGCUGGAUCCGACUGUGUUACACUCAAAGUGCGUAGUGUGAGCAUGGCUACUUCUGACAGUAGCUUCUCCAGGCAAAGCGAGGAUGGGUUGCAAGAAGAGGAGCUCAUGGAGCAAGUGCCUAGCACCACCUCUGUAGUAGAAAGGAACGCCCGUAUCAUAAAGUGGCUGUUUACCUGCAAGAAGGCCAAAGAAACCCCCAGCCAGAGGUUGCAGGGACCUGCCUGACAGACACCUGAUCCAGGAAACAAUCUUUUCCAGUAAUGAAGGGACCCUUAAAUUGAAAGGACUACUGAGCCAUGUGUUUGGUGUACCCCAACAAUACAUAAUUGCUGCUUUCCUAGGAAUAAAGCACUCCAUUGACAAGGCUUGUAUAUUAGCCAUGGCGAAAUGCUGUGGUGAAGAUAAGAAGGCAGAUAUUAGUAGCUAUGAGAGGCAUUCUCGUUAUAGGAGUGUAUCUCAAAAGGCAGCUGAGAAAUGAUAGCUGUUGGAGAAUAUUUUCAGGACAUUUUCUUUCUGACUUACUGGCAAUUUCUGCAAUGUGUUUUGAUAAUAUGUAAAUGGAUGCUUUUAAAGAAAAGAAGCAAGUAUGAAAUCAAGCAUGGAUGCAGUAAUAUACUCCUCUCAACUAAUUUAUGACACUUAAAGUUCUGUAAGCACAAAAAGGUAUUCUACUUAAGUUCUGUGGCUGAGACAAUCACCCAACACAUACAUUGGUUUCCAAGCUUUACUCUAACUAAACUGUAGCUAUGUCCAUACUAUACACUGGUCAUCUUUUGUAAUUAUUCCAAGAGGACAUUUAAAAUCACUUGAGGGCUUCAUGUUCGUUUUGUUAAUGCCACUUUCUUCUUGGCCAUAAGUAUGUGAAAACAGGCAUUGGGAGAUUCAUGAGAAUAGAGAUCCUGCUUUAAAAAAAAAAAAAAAAGAAGAAGUCCUUUUUUUGUACUUGUUCAGUUUCUUGAGAUUUGGCCAGUAUUCAUGGAGUCCUUCUGUUAGUUCUUUAACGAUGUUCCCAAUAGAGUGUGCUCCAUAGCAUCCUCAUUCUUACCUUCUACUGGAGCUAGAAACUGGUUCACACACAAGGAGCACUUCCCUGGCCUGAGAUCUGGUUCUACUUAACAUACCAAGGAAUUAAGUUUGGCAUCAAUUCAUUGUUUACAGAGGAUGUGUUUGGAAGCAAGGGCUGCUUCUGGGGAUCAAAGGUUCUAGGUUGUGAGUAUGGGUAACAAGUUACUGGGCCUCUGGUUGUGAACUUGUCUGUAACAUUCACAGUAAAAGGAGUUUAGAUUCAGCAUCUUCUGAGAGAAAUUAUGUGUGAACAGCAACUCAACGAAAAAUUGUCAGUCAAUUCCUUGAAACUUCAUUGUAUAUUUUUCAAAAUGUAUUCUUUAAUCUUAAGAUAUGAGAUUUGAGGAGAGUAUGGAAGAAAUUUUUAAAUGGUAAUAUUUUAUGUCAUUCCACUUUGAAAUGUCCCUGCUUUUAUUUUAAAGAUGUAUUAUAUGUAACUGUUUUAUUUUAAGAGUAGUUUUUUAGUUACAAAAAUAUUUAUUUUUCUACUUGCUAGUCCUCAGGUAGGUUUCUUUUAUUUCACAUAGCUUCCCUUUCAUCAUUUCAGUUUUGUAUAAUUUUCUCUGUCAUCUUUUCAUGGGUAUUGUUUAUUUGAACGUUUAUAUUUUGUUUGCAAGUGAAGCUCUAUGAGGCUUGUUUCAAAUAUAUCACAGAUGAUUAUUCUUGGGGUUUUGCCUCUUAAGACAGCUUGGGAAGUGUGAUCUGUGCUAUCCUACAUGCUGCUGUUUUGCAUGUCACUGUAUCACACUUGAUUUUAAAAGGUGUCACAAUGACAGCAAUUUGUAAAAGAUCUUUCAGGGUGUGCAAUUCAUUAUUUUCAGGUGUCCCAUUAGUUUUAUAUGUGAUUGUCUUGAGAAAAAGAUUUUGGGGAUGGAGAGAUGAUUCAGCAGUUAAGAGGACAUGGGAUUUACACUUUUCAACCAUGUAUUGAGUAAGAUGCUGCUGAAAAGAAUAGUGUAUAAACAAUGUAAUUAAAUAUGUUGGAAAGAAGAAAGAUAGAAAUGACAGUGGCCUUUUGUACUGCUAUAUGUGAAUACAGUAGCAGUGUCCAGAUUAAAAGAUAUUGAUGUGCUAAUGAUUUUCCUCAUUAUUUAAGCAAAUAUUUAUAUCUACAUCUCUCUAGCACUAGAAGAAAAGGUGACUUCACUGGUCUCUGCAUGUUCCAAUAGUUCAAAGUUUAUUACAAUGCUACAACUGGUGAUGCCUUGACCCUGACUUAUACUUUCAACAGGUGAGGCAAUCCUGAAGUGGUACUGUGGUACUGUGAUCUUCUCUCCUCAUCAAAGGAAAGCCUUUCAAUACUUGGCCGAAGGAGAUGCAAUGUGUUUGAAGUCUUCAGCUCUCCUAAAUAUGUACAUAUUUACUAUAUGGCUGGAGUAAAACUAUUUUAGAGUAUUUAGCUCUUUGGUUUUCUUUAGAUAUAUCAUGAUCAUUUGUUUUAAAAUAUUUCUUUUCAUGUUUUAGUACUAGCAUCCA